UAUAGCGUAGCCCGGGCGCGCGCGCGCGCCAUUGUGUGGCUGGACUCGGCCACCGCUGCGCUGUGAGGCUCGUGUUCGGGCACUCUUCCCCACCCGCACCGCGGCUACUGCUUUGCGGUUCGCUGUUCGACAGCUAGCCUUCGGGCCUCUGCCCGCCACGGCCAUGCCACGCGUCUACAUAGGACGCCUUAGCUACAACGUCCGGGAAAAGGACAUCCAGCGCUUUUUCAGCGGCUAUGGCCGCCUCCUCGAAGUAGACCUCAAAAAUGGGUACGGUUUCGUGGAGUUCGAGGACUCCCGCGACGCCGACGACGCCGUUUACGAGCUGAACGGCAAGGAUCUUUGCGGUGAGCGCGUGAUCGUAGAACACGCCCGGGGUCCCCGCCGCGAUCGCGACGGCUACAGCUACGGAAGCCGCAGUGGUGGAGGUGGAUACAGCAGUCGGAGAACCUCUGGCAGAGACAAAUAUGGACCACCUGUUCGUACAGAGCACAGGCUUAUUGUAGAAAAUCUUUCUAGUCGUUGUAGUUGGCAAGAUUUAAAGGAUUUCAUGAGACAAGCAGGUGAAGUGACCUAUGCGGAUGCUCACAAAGAACGAGCAAACGAAGGUGUGAUUGAGUUCCGCUCCUACUCUGACAUGAAGCGUGCUUUGGAUAAACUGGAUGGUACAGAAAUAAAUGGCAGAAACAUUAGGCUCAUUGAAGAUAAACCACGAACGAGCCAUAGGCGAUCUUACUCUGGAAGCAGAUCAAGGUCACGAUCUAGAAGAAGGUCACGGAGUAGGAGUCGCAGGAGCAGCCGCAGUAGAUCUCGAAGUGUCUCAAAAAGCCGCUCCCGAUCCAGGUCACGGAGCAAAGGUCGAUCACGUUCUCGAUCAAAAGGCAGGAAAUCCAGAUCAAAGAGCAAAUCUAAGCCCAAGUCUGAUCGAGGUUCCCGUUCCCGCUCUCGAAGUAGAUCUAAGGAUGAGUAUGAGAAAUCUCGAAGCAGAUCUCGUUCUCGAUCUCGUUCUCCCAAGGAAAAUGGAAAUGGUGAUAUAAAGUCAAAAUCCAGAUCAAGGAGCCAGUCUCGGUCCAAUUCACCCCUACCUGUUCCACCCUCAAAGGCUCAUUCUGUGUCCCCUCCACCAAAAAGAGCUACAUCGAGAUCCCGUUCUAGAUCUCGCUCAAAGUCGAGGUCCAGAUCAAGUUCCAGAGAUUAACCCAGAACUCUCUGUUGUUUGCACACUAUUAUGGAACACUUUCCUACUUGCUUAGGCAGUUACUCUUUCAUGUUUGUACUUGGCCUCUUCUGCAAGAGGAAUUACCGAAAACGGGCACACAGAAAUUUGAUUUGUGGCCAAAUUUGAUGAAAAAUGAGGUUCUAAAGAAAUGGUGGCAUGAAGUCAAAGACCCUCUCCCUUCUUUGUAGAAUUAAGACAACUUUGAUUUUAUAGCUUUUGAGCUAAAAUAAACUUUUGUAAAGAUUAAGCUCAUUUAGUUUUUUUUUGUUUUUUUUUGUUUUUUUUUUCGUUUUAAGUAUUUCAGCAGGAUCUGCUGCAGGGUUUUUUUGUUGUUGUUUUAUUUGCUUAUUUUUAAAUUAACUGUUUCAAGCUUUGAAUACUUAAGGCUUUAGAGGGAGAACCCAAUUUUCAAUUAUGUUGGCUUUUUAUAAAGCUUGAGUUAUGUAAGAUUUAAAUAAAAGUUUGCUACCAACGUGAUUGCCUUAUUGAAUAGGUCAAUAUUAAAUUUCUUUAAUAUUAAUAUCUGCUGUGGAAACAAUGUAAAUUCUACUUAAAUGUAAAACAAGGCAAGCCUCUGAUCAGCAAUAAAUUAUUCAAUUUGGAUAACAUUAUUUUGUACUGUUAACUCAAAUUUGCCAAAGUCUAUUUGCCCCUUUAACAAGUUAGGUUUAAAAUAAAAAGGUACUUUGUAGUUACUGAAUCUGUUCUAUAAUUUGCCUGAAUUAAUUGGUUUUAUUAUUUAUUUAUUUUUUUUUUACUUAAACUUUUCUAAGAAGUAGCUCUUAAUACUCUGGAUCUCAUUUAGCUAGUAAUCCCACUUUCUGGAAGGAGUCGGUGUAAUAACUGUUUAUUGUUAGAGUAUGGUGUGUUGCUUUUUACUGUUUAUUACGUAAAAAUGAUGAAAGUAUCCUUUCUUUGAUCAGAAAUUUAGCAUAUUGUUCAAAGUGGAAAAUCAAAUACGACAUUUUCUGUUGGAAGAUUUAACAGACCCUUAACGUCGUGUCAUUUGGUAAAGUUGGCAAUUAAAGUAAAAUCCCACCCAAUAGUUAGCCCCCUUUAUAGUUUGUGGGGUUAUGUGAUAACUGGUUAGAUCAUCCUUGUAAACUUUAUACAGUGUAGUUCAUUUGGGGAAAAAAUUUAAUGGGUAUACCCUAAAUUUUUUGUACCUUUAUUAUGACUGAAGUGUAGUAAGUAUUGUGGAACCCAAGUUCUUAUACUGCAAAUUUGUAGGAGUUUUUGGGUUAGCAAUUAGUCCAUACGUCCAUAAGCUUAAUUAAUGUAAUUUAAAAGCACUCAUUGUUACGGAUUUUUUCUUUUUAACUCCUCCUAGGAGCCAUCCCUGUGUAAGGGACCAUGACAUGGGUUGGGGUAGAACAUGGUGGUACAUUGCGCAUUGUGCCACAGGUGUAACUGGAAAGCAUACUUAUUCUAGGGUUGUUUUGGGGGUUCAGUAAUCCAGAAGGCAUACCUAAUGAGGUAGAAUGGAAUAAUUGAGUCAAAAUUAAGAUCUAGGUGUCAAAAUAGAGUAGCUGGGAGUACUUGAAACAAGUAAAAGGUCUCUGAGUUGGCUUUGCUUCAGAGAAAAAUUAUAUGGACAGUUAAAUUUGUUUUUAAGAAAUUCUUGAGCUUCUUGUUACAGAAUCUUAAAAGCCUAACCUUAGAAAGCUAGUGCCCCAAAAACUUGAUGCUUAUGUGAACUUAGUUUUUUACUUUGAUACUUUUUGUUUUUAUAGAUGCUUAAACUGUACAAGAGAUGGUGAUUUUUUUCAAUAGCAACUGCAGAAUUUGAGAGUUGUUUACCAUUUUCUUAAUGGUGUCAAUAAUGAAAGCCCAUUGUUUUUGCCUGUUUGAAAGAACAGAAGUGAUUCUUAAUAUAUGAAAAGGCAAGCCUCCCUUGCCUUCCAGAAUUUAGUGUUUAAGGACAAGUCUUAAGAAUUGGCUUUGACCAAAGUUAUCUUGUUUUCAGGGAAAGAAUACAAAAGCUUUCAAGCCCAUAGCCAUUUAAAA